AUGGCAGCACUUCUUUUAAGACAACGUACAAACAAAGCAAACCAAGAAGCAAAGCGUUUGGGUACCUCGCACCCAUCAAUAGUCCCAUAUCAAGUAUUUCAAACAAAAGAUGAUUUUAUAAUGAUUGGAACUGGAAAUGAAAAACAAUUUAAAAUUUUAUGUGAAUCAAUUGAUAAAGUUGAAUUGAUGCAUGAUGAAAGAUUCAAAACCAAUUCUGAUAGAGUUCAAAAUCGCAAAGAAUUAAUUGAAAUUUUAAAAGAGAGAUUCCAAGAACAUACAACUGAACAUUGGUUAUUGGUUUUUGAAAAAAAUAAACAUUCUAUUCCAUUUUCAUCGAUUAAUAACAUUCAUAAAACUUUUCAACAUCCUCAAAUUGUUGCUCGUAAAAUGGUUCAAGAAGUUGAGCACCCAAAAGCUGGAAAAAUCAAAUUAACAG